AUGUCCGAGGAGCUGGCCCGUGGCCCCCAGGAGCGCGCGCCGGCGCCGCGGGCGGGCCCCCGCGAGGUGUGUGGGCUGGUGCUGUUUGGGAUCUGCACUCUCAUCAUGGAUGUCUUCAAGACCGGCUACUACUCCAGUUUCUUUGAAUGCCAGUCAGCCAUCAAGAUCCUGCACCCCCUCAUCCAGGCUGUGUUUGUCAUCCUCCAGACUUACUUUCUUUGGGUCUCCGCUAAAGAUUGUAUCCACGUCCACCUGGAUCUGACCCGGUGUGGUCUCAUGUUCACACUCGCCACCAACCUGGCCAUCUGGAUGGCAGCCGUGGUGGAUGAGUCCGUGCACCAGGCCCAGUCUUACAGCGGUUCUCACAGCAACACCAGCCACACCCGCCUUGCCCCUGACCAGCGUGCAGGCAGCCCAGUCGGAAGCGACCCCUGCCCCUGCAACACGACCAUCUGCCAGAUCUUCCAGCAGGGCUACUUCUACUUGUACCCCUUCAACAUUGAGUACAGCCUCUUUGCUUCCACCAUGCUCUAUGUCAUGUGGAAGAAUGUGGGCAGACUCCUGGCCUCCACCCACGGUCACGGCCACACCCCAGCCCGGGUCAGCCUCUUCCGGGAGACCUUUUUUGCCGGCCCGGUCCUGGGCCUGAUGCUCCUUGUGGUGGGGCUGGCUGUCUUCAUCAUCUACGAGGUCCAGGUGAGCGGGGAUGGGAGCCGCACCCAGCAGGCCCUGGUCAUCUACUACAGCUUCAACAUUGUCUGCCUGGGACUCAUGACGCUGGUCAGCCUCAGUGGCUCAGUCAUCUACCGCUUUGACCGCCGAGCCAUGGACCACCAUAAGAACCCCACGCGCACCCUGGACGUGGCCCUACUGAUGGGCGCCGCCCUGGGGCAGUAUGCCAUCUCCUACUACUCCAUCGUAGCCGUGGUGGUGGGCACACCCAGGGACCUGCUGGGGGGACUCAACCUCACCCACGCCCUGCUCAUGAUUGCCCAGCACACCUUCCAAAACAUGUUCGUCAUCGAGAGCCUCCACCGGGGACCACCCGGGGAUGAGCCCCGUGAUGUUCCUCCCAAGGAACCUUGCCAAGGCCUCACCUUUGCCAACCUGGAUGCCCUCCACACCUUGCCCGCCUGCCCGCCCACCCCCAGGCUCGUUAGCGCCAGCCCAGCAGGCCCUCGGGAAGCAGUGGCCGUCAUCUUGGCCCCCAGGGCCCACUGGAGACGCCGGUGCCUCAAAGACAUUUCUCUGUUUCUCCUGCUCUGCAAUGUCAUCCUGUGGAUCAUGCCCGCCUUCGGGGCCCGCCCACACUUCAGCAACACAGUGGAGGUGAACUUCUAUGGCUAUUCCCUCUGGGCGGCCAUCGUCAACAUCUGCCUGCCUUUUGGCAUCUUCUACCGCAUGCAUGCUGUCUCCAGCCUGCUGGAGGUCUACGUCCUCGCCUGACACUCUGACAAAGACAUGGUGGGGGGAAAGGGGCCUCAGCUCAUGCCCUCCCAG